AUGCCACAUAAUUUGCAAACUUCUAUAGCAACACAGAUAGCUAGUGGUGCCAGCUUUGGCCCUGUUCAAGCUGGUGGUGCCAGUUUUGGCCCAGGUGGCACUGGUAGCUUUGGUCCUGGCCCAGUUGAUAGUGCCAGCUUUGGCCCUGUCCAGACUGGUGGAGCCAGCUUCGGACCCGGCCCAGUUGAGAGUGCCAGCUUUGGUCUUGCUCAAGCUGGUGGUGCCAGCUUUGGUCCUGUUCAAGCUGGUGGUGCCAGCUUUGGCCCUGUUCAAGCUGGUGGUGCCAGCUUUGGCCAUGGCGCUCUUGAUAGUUCUAACUUUGGCCCUGGCGCUGCUGAUAGUUUUGGUUCCUUCCAACCAGGUGAUGCCAGCUUUGGUCCUGGCCCUGUUGACAGUGCCAGUUUUGGCAUUGGCCAAGUCGGUAGCUCUAACUUCGGCUCUGGCCGAGCUGAUACUGCUGGCUUGGCCGGUCAUUUACACAGUGCUUCCAUUGCAAGCACAAGUCGUCUAGUUUUCCGGACUGGAUCUGCCACCCAAAAGAGGCUACGGUUAUUAGUUCAGGUAAAAUAA